CAAGUUACCUCAUCCCGGGACGGCAAUGAUGCAUGGAACGGCAAGCCAGAGAUUCGUCAUACCCAGGAUACCAAGAAAAUUUUAAAGAAUGACGAUGGAUUCAUACGUGAAGUUGCACCAAAGAUUAUGAAGAAAGAUGGUCGGAUUCGACUUGCAAAGUACUUCAUCGGCGACGGAGAACCAAAAGGCAAUGAUGUAGGAAAGGUAUUAAUGCUUGUCGGAGCCACUGGAGCAGGGAAAACUAAACUCAUUGAUGCAUUCGUGAACUAUGCUUACGGAGUGAAAUGGGAAAGCGACUUUCGCCUAAAGAUGGUCGUGGAUGGAGGUUGUGAGAUGUCCGAAGCCCAUAGUCAGACCAAGUGGAUCUCAGCAUAUGUCCUACCCAAGCAGAAUGGAUCGACUCUUCCCUACACGUUCACUGUCAUUGAUACGCCCGGGUUUGGCGAUACUGAUGGAAUGGAAAAAGAUGAGGAGUUGUUGAAACAGAUUCAGGAGUUCUUCUCGAAUGGUGAAUACUUUGGCGUGAAGGCACUCCAUGGAAUAGGCUUUGUGAUCCCGGCUCCAGAAAGCAGGCUCACAGACUCACAGAAGUACUUAUUUCAACGUAUGUUGUCCGUGUUUGGAGACUGUGCCGAGGAAAAUAGUUUUGUGUUGACUACAUUUGCUGACAACCAGAAACCCCCAGUCUUGAAUGCCCUUGCAUGUGAAAAUUUUCCAUGCAAACAUGUAUUCAAGUUUAACAAUUCCGUCCUUUUUUCUCAAUCGAGAGAUGACGAAUAUGGUGCUUUCGAUAGACUGGCAUGGAAAAUGGGCACGAGCAGCUUCUCAUCGUUCUUCCAGAAAUUCGAAAGUACGCAACCUGUGAGCCUGACACAGUUGCAGGGAGUCAUGGACGCUAUGGACGGCUUAUAGAAAGCUAAUCAUCCCAAGCGUUCUGAGUUCGAUUAGUGAGGUACCGAGAAUCGGUCCAAGAGUGUGCAUCAGUGCAACAGCAUGUAGUGUCCCAUCUUCUCAGAGGGCAUUGACGGGACUCCCAACUUCUUUUGCUCUAUUUCGCGGUGGUGGAAAAUCGGUUAUUCUCUCAGUUGAGUAGAAAAUUCGGUCUUUGCAAAAUGAUAAAGUUCAGAUAUUACCCGCAUGAUCUGCUUCACUUUCGGCUUUGUGGAUAUAAGCGCCAUCAUUAUCAUUGGCAAUUAA